CGCAAAUCACUCGCGAGCAGAGUUCCUCGACUCGCGCAACAUGGUACAACCCCUGGUCUUCCCCAUAUUCGGUGGGAAAACAAGACACUAACCCAACCGCCGCUUCGACAGUCCUCAAUCCUCCGGCAGAUCGUGGCAGGCCCACGCCUUCAACAUCCAGAAGCUGGCCUGGAUCUGUGCUACGUGACCGAUAACAUCAUCGCAACGUCCGGUCCAUCCGCAACAUACCCGCAACUAGCAUAUCGCAAUCCUCUCAAUGAGCUUGUCAAAUUCCUCGACUCCAAACAUGGCGAGGACUGGUGUAUCUGGGAGUUUCGUGCCGAGGGCACCGGGUAUCCGGAUUCCGAGGUUUACAAUCGCAUUCAUCACUUCCCUUGGCCGGAUCAUCACCCGCCGCCCUUUGCGCUGAUUCCGAAUAUUAUGGCCAGCAUGCGAAAUUGGCUGCAUCGACUAGACCCUGAGACUGGGGACAAAGGCACAAGCGAGACGACUGCACAGAAGAGAGUCGCCGUGGUCCAUUGCAAGGCUGGCAAAGGUCGCAGUGGAACCAUCGCGGCGUCGUAUCUUAUUAGCCAAGAAGGCUGGAAAAAGGAGGAUGCACUGCAAAGGUUUACGGAUCGGCGGAUGCGGGUUGGUUUCGGGAAUGGGGUGAGCAUCCCCAGUCAACUGCGAUACGUCGGGUACGUCGACCAGUGGGCGAAUCAGCUGGAGAAGCGAUACGUGGACCGGCCAGUGGAGAUUCUGGAGAUUCACAUAUGGGGACUACGAGAUGGCGUCAAGGUUGGGGUGGAUGGAUACGUGGACGAAGGCAAGAAGAUCAAGAGUUUCCACCUGUUCCAUCGCAAAGAGCGAACCGUCGUCGGUGCUAGCGAUAACAAUAUAACGCCUGCGUCCACGCCCAUCUCCACGCCCUCGCAAGAUCACCUCAGCAGCAAAGGAACCUCGCCAGCUCCACCGAUCAGCACAUCCGCAACCAUGUCCCCACUCGCCUCGCAAUCCGACUCAUCAAGCUCCAUGUCCGAAAUAUCGCGCCGCGCAACAACAACACACAACCUCUCCGCCGUGAUAUUCCGCCCCAACAAGCGCAUAAUGCUCCCAAACUCAGAUGUAAACAUCGAUCUCGAACGACGCAGCAAGGCCUCCUACACAGGUUUUGCCAUGGUCACCUCGGUGGCGCACGUGUGGUUCAACGCGUUCUUCGAAGGCGGCGCCGAGCACGACUCGGGCGUGUUCGAGACGGAGUGGGAUGCCAUGGAUGGCAUCAAGGGUAGUGCGAGGAAGGGCAUCCGCUCGUUCGAGCGGUUAAAGGUUGUAUGGCGGUAUCCGGCUGAGCACGAUGCACGGAUGGAUUCGUCUAUGGCUGGGAGACGCAUUAGUGAGCCGAAGCCUGGGGAGCCGAUUCAUGAGAGUGUUCCUGCGGACUGGAGGGGGAGAAAAGUGGGCCAGGAUACCUCGAAAGAGGAUUCCCAGACUGGGUCUAGCACGGGCUCAACGUUACUGGCUGUUGGUGCUGGCUCGCUACAUGCAUUAGAGCGGCAACUUGGAUUGCGCAAACAGACUGAUGAAAGUAAGGAUGUUAGUUUGGCGGGGAGUGAUGAUGAAGCCCGUGAGCGGACGGAUGAAGAAGGGCGAGCGAGGAAAGCGAAGGUUGUGGAGGAGAAUGGGGAUUUGGAGGGGGUUCAGUCUUAUUAUUCUAGAAAUGGGGGCGCACAAGGAGAGAAGGGCGAUGGAGGGCAAGGAGGCGAGUCUAGGGAG